AAGACAUUAAUUUGAUGAAAUAAAAUGUCCUUGAAAUUUAGUUUCUCUUUUGAUAUAUCAAGGUCAAAUAAGAGUUCUUUACACGUUCGUGCACUUUUCACGUUGUAUUUCUUAUGAUAUAGAUCUUCUAUUGCUUAGCAAAACAUGGAUUUAAACCUAAAAGAUUGUUUAAAAAUUGGAGCCACUGGACUGUCCGGUUUGUUUGCCGGAUGUACGCUGUACGUUAACGCAGCCGGCCACCCGGCGGGUCAAACUCUUGAUUUGCCAAACUGUCGAAAAGACUGGAAAGAAAAUUUUCUUAGAGCAAGAAAGAUACAGAGACCUAUGGCCGUACUAGGAGCUCUUGCAGGUGCUGGUGCAUACUAUUUAGACAAGGAUUCGGACACGAGAUCGCUGUGGCUGGUUGGUUCAAGUAUUUUUAUUUGUGUAUGGCCCUGGACUGUGAUUGUUAUGUUACCUGACAUCAAGAAAAAUCUUCAGGAUGACGUCAUUAAAACAGCAGGUGAAACCUGGGUAAAGAAUCACAUCAUACGAUGGAACAAACAGCACGGUGUUAAAACAUUUCUUAGUUGUACAGCCUUUGGAAUAUUCUUAUACGCUCUAUCUCGGAAAUAAAUUAACUCUUUAUUAGUAACUACUAAAUUAGAACUAUUAUGUGAACUUAUCGAGAGUAGCUCAAUGCUUAUUAGCUCAAAUGAGCUAUGCUCAGGCGAGUUUUUUUUUAUCGAUCGAUGUCCGGCGUCUGUCUGUCGUCUGUCAACAUUUAGCUUGUUUAUGCGAUAGAGGCUGUAUUUUUUUUAAUUGAUUUUCAUGAAACUUGGUCAGAAUGAUUGCCUUGAUGAAAUCUAGGUCAAGUUCGAAUAUGGGUCAUCUGGAGUCAAAAACUUGGUCACUAGGUCAAUUCAAAGAAAAACAUUGUAUAUGCGAUAGAGGCUGUAUUUUUAAUUGAUCUUCCUGAAAUUUGGUUAGAUUGAUUGCCUUGAUAAAAAAUCAGGCCAAAUUCGAAUACGAGUCACCUGGGGUCAAAAGCUAGGUCACUAGGUCAUAUCAAAGAAAAACCUUGUGUAUGCAAUAGGGACUGCAUUUUACAACGGAUCUUCAUGAAAUUUAGUCAGAAUAAUUGUCUUGAUAAAAUCUAAAUUAAUUUUGAAUAUGUGUCAUCUGGGGUCAAAAACUAGGUCACUAGGUUAAAUAAAAGAAAAACCUUGUGUAAGCAAUAGGGACUGCAUUUUACACAGGAUCUUCAUAUGAUUAAGUCAGAAUAGUUAUCUUGAUAAGUCCAGGUCAAAUUCGAGUAUGGGUCAUCUGGGGUCAAAAACUAGGUCACUAGGUCAAAUCAAAGAAAACAUUGUGUAUGCGAUAGAGGCUGUAUAUUUCAUUUGAUCUUCAUGAAAUUUGGUCAGAAUAAUUGCUUUGAUAAAAUCUAGGUCCAGUUCGAAUAUAGGUUAUCUUGGGUCAAAAUCUAGGUCACUAGGGCAAAUCAAAUAAAAACCUUGUUUAUGCAAUAUGGACUGCAUUUCUGGGUCUUGUAUUGAUAUGGAUAAUCAUAGGUUAAAGACUAGGUCACUAGGUCAAAUAAAAGAAAAAAAAACUUAUGUAUGCGAUAGAGGCUGUAUUUUUCAAUUGAUCCUCAAGAAAUUUGAUCAGAAUGAUUGUUUUGAUCAAAUGUAGGUCGAGUUCGAAUAUAUGUCAUUUGGGAUCAACAACAAGGUCACUAGGUCAAAUCAAGAAAAACCUUGUGUAUGUAAUAAGGACUGAAUUUUACAACGGAUAUUCAGAAAAAUUUAGUCAUAAUAACUGCCUUGAAAAAAUCUAGGUUAAGUUUGAAUAUAGGUAAUCUGGAGUCAAGGUCGCAAGGUCAAAUCAAAGAAAAGCCAGACUUGUGUAUGCAAUAGGGAAUGCAUUUUACACCGGAUCUUCAUGAAAAUUGUUAAAAAUGUAUGACUGGAUGUAAUCUAGGUCAAGUUUGAAUAUGGGCCAACGGGGUCAAAAACUAGGUCAUCAAGUCAAAUCAAAGGAAAAGCUUGAUAACACUUUAGAAAUGUUUAUCUUGAUGAUUUUUGGCCCAAUUUGGAAUCUGGGACAUCUGAGGUCAAAUGUAAAAAUAAAUGAAAAACAUUGUGUAUACAAUAGUGGCUACAUUUUUCAAUUUAAGUGCAUGAAAAUUUGUCAGAAUGUUUGUCUGCUUGAAAUCUUAGCUUAAUUUUUAUCUGGGUCACAUGGGGUUAAAAACUAGGCCGCCAGCCAAAUAAAAA